AUGGCGCCCAGCACGAACAAGCGGAAGCGACCCGAUCGGCAGGCAUCCGAAGACGAUGUCUCAGGCCGCCCUUCACCCUAUCGACCGGAGAAGUCGCGCACAUCACGGCGAACAUCACAGGGCAAGCUGGCUACCGAUGAGGCAGAGAGCGGCAGAGAGACAGAGUCUGCUGCUCCAGAAAUUCGUAAGAGCACCGAACACCACGCGACAUCCGAACCACCAGCUAAUCCGCCGAUCCGCGCAGCAACGACAACUUCACGUGAUGGUAUAGAGACACCGGCACCAGCCUCACAGCGCGCUCCGGACGCUUCGUCUGAGAUGAACGGGAACGGAGUAUCGGAUGUGGUCAUGAAGGACAGGACAACAGCCAAGCCGAGCUCGCCAUACCGGUACCAGCACGUCACAUGUGAUCUUGUGGCUUCAUGGGCAGAAGCUGGCAGCAAGAGCGUGGUCGAGCUGGCACGAGCCGCAGAUGAGAUGCAGCUCAGCGACAUCAUGCUGGAGCUGGUGAGAUCGGCGUUGGAGGGCAGGCUGUCAGGUAAACACUCUGGACUGGCGAUACGUGAGAUCAUUUCUGCCCGAAAGGACGACGGCCUGGACGUGGAUUUCCUUGCCAUCAACACUAUCUCCUUCUUGUACGAUGCGAGCUACAAGGGCGCUGUCCUUCGAGAGCUUGUCGCAAGCACCGGAUUAGACCAGCAAGUCAUGCGGGAAGAGCUGGAUAUACCUCUGCUGCAGGAGUUAGGCCUCGUGAGGAUCACAUUUGACAAGAUGCGGACUCGCAAGACGACCAAUGCGCUCUACCGCCAGGCAAAUUUCAACCUGCUACGAGAAGAGAGCGAAGGUUACGCUAAGCUUUUGACCGAGUUCUUCAGCACCGCGCAAGAGGCUAGUAAUCGUCCCGACGACAACCCUUACAUCGCCGAGGAUGCUUUUCAACGCGUCCUGGCUCUUGUGGGAGCCUUUGAUCUUGACGUCGGCAGAGUGCUGGACAUUACGAUGGACAUCAGUGCCAGCCUGUUGGUCAAAGCUUACCCCUUCUUUGUCAAGUUUUAUCGAGCCAGCUCGUGGUGGCCCCAAAACGAGAUGCUGGACAACAUCAAAUUUGAUGACCAGGGAUUUGGCUCCUUGCCCGAAUGGGCAUUUCCCCGAUCUGGCCGCACUCAACGUAGUGACGAUGACAAGGCCGAAGUGGCGAAACUCACUAACAGCCGAGACGUUCUCUUCUGGCAGCGCGUAAAAUCCGUCGGUAUGGAUGCCUUCUUCGAACUUGGCGCCAGGAAAAUCACGAACUACGAUGAGGUUUUGCCUCUACUGGAAUUCGAGGCUAAGCCGGAGGUGGAUAGUAGAGGCAAAGAACCGGACCCUCAUAAGCGGUUGCGUCUGAAUCAGGACCGAAAGUUCAUGCGAGACACUCGCAUUCUACCACCGCCUGGCAACUACGACGCGGCACAACUACUGGGCUUCAAGCUGCGUUUCUACUCAUCGUCGGCUCGGAGCCGCAAGGACGAGUUACCGGACAACCUCAUCUUCCUGGCAGCGCUUCUCAUCAAGAUCGGUUUCAUCUCCCUCCGUGACCUAUACCCGCACCUGCAUCCUUCCGAUGAGGACAUGCCCAAAGAAAAAGCUCGCCUGGAAAAGCUCAAAGCCGAGAAGGAGGCUAAGGAGAGACCUGGCGGCGGCAUGAAUGCUUUACUCAUGGCAGGCGCUCUGGCCGACGAAGGGCCACCGCCUCGCCGGAUGGACAAGGAGAGGAGUGGCGCCGCUACUCCUGCCCAGGACAAGAAGGCUGAAUCGAAAGCGGAUGAGGAACUUCCAGCUCCUAGGAACCAGAAGCUCGUCCUGCUGAAAGGUCUCCUUGCCAUUGGUGCCCUGCCUGAGGCUUUGCAUAUUCUCGGGCGCUUUCCGUGGUUGGCAGAGUUCGACUAUGAUUUGCCACAGUACAUACAUCGCCUGGGACGCCAUAUGCUCAGCAAAUUUGCGGAAUUUUUGCAGCCACUGGGCGAUCGGCCGGCAAUCCAGAAUCUUAGGAAGCAGCUCUUUGACACCACUGCCGGAGCUGAUGGCACUCUAGUGUUCACGGAUAGGCCAGCAAAAAGGGCUAUACGACACAUGUAUUGCGACUUCGUCUCGAAAGACGAUGGAAAUGAGUACCGGCACUACUACCAGGACUGGAGCGACAACGUGCCCGUGUGCCAGACCAUCGAGGAUGUGUUCUUGCUGUGCGACACACUGCUGGGAUACCUCGGCGCCAAUGUUGGUCAGGAUGUCAUGCUAUACGGCACUCUGCUUCGUCUUGCGCACCAGAGCUUGACGACUGACCGAUCAGAAAACAAUCGUUCACGCUGGCUCAAGCUUAUGAAGCGAUUGCUAGUCCCAGCUUUGAGUUGUGGCAAGCACAACGUCCAGCUGUCCCAUCAAGUGUUCGACUUGCUAUGCUUCUGGCCAACAGAAAUAAGAUACAACGUCUAUGCCGAAUGGUUCACCGGCGCCACGUCCCGGCGUCCAGAGGUGCGCACUGCAUUUGCGAGAAACAAAGCAGAAGUAAGAGACGUCCUGCGUCGCGUCUCGAAUGACACGUCUAAGAGACAGUCUCGAGCACUCGGAAAGGUCGCACUCGCUGCUCCGGGCAUUGUCACCAUGGAGGUCGUCUCGCAGAUCCAGUCUUACAGCAACAUGAUUCCGAGUCUCGUGGAGUGCACCAAGUACUUCUCGCCGCUGGCCUAUGAUGUGCUUUCGUGGACUCUCAUCAGCUCCAUGAGUGGCGCAGGUCAAAGUCGCAUUCAGGCCGACGGUAUGCUUACGAGCUCAUGGCUAUCGGCACUUUCACAAUUCGUUGCCGUGCUCUACUCUCGCCAGGCCCAUCUCAAUAUUUCGCCCAUGCUCCAGUAUCUGGCAUCCGAAUUCCGUGUGGGCGACUCAAAAGAUCUCGGCAUGUUCGAAGAGAUCUUGAAGGAAAUGGCCGGAAUUAGACCUGACAUGGACAUCAACGAUGCUCAGGUCCUGGCUAUGGCUGGUGGCGAGACGCUGCAAAUCCAGAUACUCUCUCAGCUGUCUGAUAGGAGGCACGAGAAGAAGGGAUCAGCUCAGCGUCUCGUGAAGGCUCUGAAGGGUCCUGGUCUCAUUGGACAGAUUCUCGUCGCGAUUGCACAAGAACAGCAGAUGAACGCACACCACCAAUCUUCAAGGUUCAUGCCAUUGAAAGUGCUGGGUUGGAACGUCGACAAAGUUCAAGCUUGCUUCCAGCAGUAUCUUGAAGUGCUCAGGUACACCUUGACUGCGGAGGAGUUCGAGGCUGCUAUCCCGGACGCUACAUCUCUUGUCCGCGACUAUGGCAUUGAGCCGGGGACUGCUCUCACCAUUUGUCGAACAGCCCUUCAUCACCGCAUGAACGCGACUGAUGCCAUUAUCAAGCAAGAAUCGAGCAAGCAAGAGUCAGACGAGAAAAAUGGUGACAUUGCCAUGAAGGACGCUGCCGCAGUCAAAGAAGAGAUCGAUAAUGCGUCCGGAACUCCCGAGCCUGAAACGGGGUCAGUCAAUACGACCGAUGCCACUGCGACAACAUCACAGCCUCGACCUUCACCGUGGCAUCCAGUGCUGGAGCCAAUCAUCACCAACCUGACUGAGCAUCUUCCAGAUCUUGCAAGUCGCGUCAGCAUACCUUUCUAUGUCACAUUCUGGACCUUGGCUCAUCAAGACAUCCUCAUGCCCAUGGAAAGCUAUCAAAAGGAGGUUAAGCGACUCGAUGCUGAGAUCAUCGCCAUCGCGAGUGACCGCUCCGAUGUCACUGCCAUCGUCGCCAAGGAACGCGACAAAAGAAAGAGGUCGUUGAUCGACGUUCGAGAGAAACUGAAGCAAGAGCCUAAACAACACUUGGGCGCCUACAUGUCUGUGCGAAACAGAAUCAGUAAGAAGGAGAGGCAUCACUGGUUCGCUAGGAGCGAUCUCGCGAAUGCUGCUCAACGGGCUGAUCUCGAGGCGAAGCACUCAGCGCUGCUGCAAGAGUGUUUCCUGCCACGCGCCAUGCUCUCGCCUUUCGACGCCUUCUUCUCCUUCCAGAUGUUGAAGAUCCUACACGACAACGGCACGACCGGAUUCAGCCUCAUGCACAUGCUGACGCAACUGUUCAAGAAGCAGCAGCUGACGUCGAUCAUAUUUCAGUGCACGGAGAAGGAGUCACAGAACUUUGGCCGAUUUCUAUGCGAACUGCUGAAGCUUCUCAUGUCAUGGCAUGCGGACAAGGCUACUUACGAGCAGGAAGCUCUUGGGUCGACCAAGAAGCUACCUGGCUUUGUCAAGAAGUGGCACGAGCAUGGCGAGCCCGAGGUUGUGAUGGAUUGGGAGACCUACAGGCGAUUCAUCUACAACCACCAUACCUGCCUUAGCCAGGCCUUGCUGUCUUGCUUUGAGUCGAAGGAGUACAUGCACAUCCGCAACGGCAUCAUUGUACUCCGGUCAAUCUGGCAGGUCUUCCCGUCGGUCAAGCACAUGGGCAAGAACCUGAUCGAUCAUCUUGAGCGCUUGAACAAAGAAGACGACCGGAAUGACAUCAAGGUGUCGGCUGGUACCCUCUUUGGAUUCAUCAAGAACGGCCGCGAGAAGUCUUGGGUGUUGCCACAAGCCUUCAGGCUUAACGAUCCUGCAAAGGAUGGCCCAAGAGCAGGGAGCCGUGCGACUUCUGCUCGCGCCGAAACGCCACAGCCCUCUGCGGGUACACCGAAGCUGAAUGCAAGUGCGGCAGAGUUCAAGCCUAGCCCAGUAACGCUCGUGAACGGGACUGGCAGGAAGGAGUCAGCUGCUGGCGGACCAGAGGAUGGCGAGAUUGAGGACGAGAAGCCGGCAAAGUCAAAGGACGGCGAUGUUGAGAUGAAAGAUGAAGCUACGUCUGUCGCAAAACUCACCCAAAAGCCAAGUCGUGGAGACGUCAAAGCACCCUCUGCCGCCAGAAACACACCAAGGGCCGAGUCGAAACCAGCCACUCCAGCGCCAGUAGACAGAAGGCCGCCUUUGUCAUCGAGCAAUUCGCAGCGACCAGAUUCAUCACAUCAAACCCCGACGGUUGCCUCGCGCAUAGAGCCAGUUCCAUCAAGACCUCUACCCGGCCAACAGUCAUCUAGAAACUCUGGUCGGCAUGGCGGACGUGAUGAUGGAUAUGGCAGGCUAGAACGCCCAUCCGAAGCCAGACCCGGUUCACGAGAUCAGUCGCCUGGUCACCGAAGCCGGGGUAGAACUCCGCCAGGUGCAGCUUCACGUAGCUACAGAGACGAGCGACCUUUCGAUCGUCCUCUAGAGCGCGAUGCUCGCCUCCCCAGAGACGAUGCACGAACAAUCUCUCGUCGAGAAACACCUCUCCAGAGCCGAGAUCGGCCUCAGCCAGUCAGCCGUGCUUCAGACGGAGGUGUGCAUCCCGAUAGAAUGAACCACAUCUCCUCUGUCGUCACAGCAGAUGGCCAACAAGGUUCCCGGCCGUCAUCGCGAGGCACUACGACGUCAGAGCCUCCGCAGCAAGAUGGACAAGUCAUUGUCAACCCAGCUCGGCUAGCAAUGAUCAAUGCCGACCCAUCUGCGAACGCAUCGAGCCCACGCAGAGGCAGAGAAGGCCUAGAUACUCGCAGAGAGCGAGAUGCUCGCCCGGAGGAGCGUGGUCCACUGCGCAAUGAUGGCAGAGUGCGCCCACCGUUGGACGCUCCUGGCCGACCAGAGCAACAGGUCGACAUCGCGCCAACCGGACCAAAGCGUGGGAGGCUACGAGAGAUGGGUCCGCCGCAAUCCGAAUCAAGCUAUGGUCGUCUGAAUGCGUCUCAGGACGCGCCAUCAGGACCUAGGCAGUCUAAUGGUCCGCCCGGUCGAGGUGGCCGUAACUUCACUGCUCCAAUCAACACACGGAACAAUGAUCCGCCUGCGGCGUCUCCCACGAUGAGUCGUCCACCAGACUCUCCUGCCGCGUUCCGUCCACCUGCUCGGCAAUCUAGCGGUUCCGGUCAGCAGUUCGAUCGUGGCUCUGCACAUGGAUCUGCGCCAGGCACGCCUGCAAGCGAGAAUGGACCUGCGAUGCACCCAAGCAGAGCUGCGGCAUUCGGUCAAGUGCCCCCACCUAUCAACACCAGCGUGGCACCUAAUGGUCCUCGCAAUGCCGCUGGCUCGCCUACUGCAUCUGCACCAUCAGGUCCUCGAGGCCCUGGACGCGCUGGACUGCCAUCCGGCACGCCCACAGGACCAUCGCCCGCGAGUGCUGCCCCUCCCAGUGGCCCUGCAUCAGCGAAUGAGCGACAGCGACGUACCGAGAGACAGCGCAAUAGCAUCAAUGCUACUCUACAAGGCACCUCUAACGGUGCAGGACCCAAUGGGCAAGGCGUGAAUUUCAGAGGUGCUUCCUCGCGGCAGCCAAGCUUCACGGCGGCACCACCCAAUGGACCUGGUUCGGGGCCUAGGUCUAACGUACCUACCAUCGCAUCCUCCAUGGAGCCUCCGUUGAAUCGGCCACAAUUCGAUAGUCGGCAAUCCUUCGAUGGCCCAGGCAAUCCUCAGCGCCAAGAGCUGUUCCAAUCACGCCAGAGCGAUACUCCAAGCAGACACCGUGAGGACGAUCGUUCAGGUCGGCCACGGGAUAGCCGCGAUCCCAGUAGAGAGCCUCGACGGGACAAUGCCGGUCCGAUGUCACAGCCGCCUCCACCUCCACCACCUGGUGGUCCGGAAGAUGGCCGAGACCGUCGCGGACCUCGCGAUGAUCGUCGACCACGAGAUCAGGGCAUACCUCGCGAUGGACCUGCAAGAGACAGCCAGCAGAGACAUCCUGAACGCCAACCACGUGGUCCAGGAGACAUGCAAGGCUCGUUUGGAGGGCCACCUCGUCCAGAUUGGGAACGUGGCAAUGAGGCACGUGGACCUCGCAGAGAUGGACCACCCGACGACGGACGCCGAGGAGGCAGGAUGCCUGGCCCCAAUCAAGACAUGAGAGGUCCGCCACGUGGUCCUGGUGCUCCAGAUGAGAGGAGGGAGCCCAGUGCCAGAGGUCCUCGAGAUGACGGUGCCGCACAAGACAGGAAGCGUCGCCAUGAAGAGACUGGUGGAUUCGAUCCUAAGCGCAGACGCAGCGCCAAGUAG